AAGAAAUUAAAAAGGACAGGACAUGGGAACGCAGUGGGAACACAGACACAACAACACUGUUACUAGGACUUGUUCAAAUCAAAUCGGCAAACACCAUAUAACCAACCAGCUUCUUUCUUUCUUUGUUUCUUUCUGAAUUGAGAAGAUAGAAGAAGAAUUAGAUCUGAUAAAGAAAGAAUGUCAAGAGGAAGAUCUGAUUCAUCAUCAUCAUCAUGGUUAAGAUGGUGUUUGGUUUUGUUUGCAAUGAUAUCAGCUUUAAUGGUGUGUGGUCCUGCUCUUUACUGGAGAUUCAAGAAUGGUAUCACUCUUAAUUCCAAACUCUCUUCUUGUCCUCCUUGUAUCUGUCACUGUCCUCCUCCUCUUUCCCUCUUUCAACUCGCUCCUGGAUUAGCCAAUCUCUCUGUCUCAGAUUGUGGGGGUAACGACCCGGAACUAAGGGAGGAGAUGGAGAAGCAGUUUGUGGACCUGCUAACCGAGGAGCUAAAGCUACAAGAGUCAGUUUCUGAAGCGCACACACGGCACAUGAACAUAACUUUGGCUGAAGCAAAACGAGUGGGAUCUCAAUACCAGAGAGAAGCAGGCAAAUGUGUUUCUGCAACUGAAACGUGCGAGCAGGCAAGAGAACAGGCCGAAGCCAUGCUAACCAAGGAGAGAAAGAUAACUUUGGUGUGGGAAAAACGGGCACGUCAAAUGGGCUGGGAAGGAGAAUAACUGCAUCAUGUUUAUUAUCACUUAUAUUAAUUUUUGAUAUGGUCAUAAUCAUUAUUUUAUAUACAAGCAUACAAGCAAAAUGCUUGAGUUGUCAAAUUAUUCUCCUCCUAAUGUGUUUGUUUGUGACUGCAUAUGUGCUAGUAUCAAUAAUUUUUACCUCACAGAUGAUACCAAUGCAUAUGAGUGCACUAUUACCACGAUACUAUCCCAUGGAAGCUAAAACUCAUCAAUUAUGGUCAUGAAUCUGAUUAUAGUAUACAAUA